AACCAUCGAAAAAUUUUCAGCUAAAAUCUGAGUCUCUGAAAUUAUUCAUAACAACAUCAAAGUUCAAAAAUGUCGAUGAUUCCAAGCUUCUUAAGUGGCCAACGCAGCAAUAUCUUCGACCCAUUCUCUCUAAACGUAUGGGACCCAUUCAAGGAUUUCUCAACCCAAAUUUCCAAAGAGAAUUCUGCUUUCGUUAACAGUACUCGUGUUGAUUGGAAAGAGACCCCAGAAGCUCACGUGUUGAAGGCCGAUCUUCCUGGGCUAAACAAGGAGGAAGUGAAAGUCGAGGUCGAAGAUGACAGAGUGGUUCGGAUUAGUGGAGAGAGGAAGAUAGAGAAGGAAGACAAGAAUGACACGUGGCAUCGUGUCGAGCGGAGCAGUGGCAAGUUCGUGAGGAGUUUCAGGUUGCCGGAGAAUGUGAAGAUGGAUCAGAUUAAGGCUGCGAUGGAGAAUGGGGUUCUUACUGUUACUGUUCCUAAGGUGGAGGUGAAGAAAACUGAUGUCAAGGCCAUUGAAAUCUCUGGUUGAUUGUACUUUUUGGGAACAUGAUGAUUAAUCUCAGCUGUGAAUGUUGUAUGUGCGAAGUGUUCGCACAAAAUAUUAAAUAUAUAUGCAAAUAAUAAAAUUUGGCUAAUUAUUAGCAAAAAAAAAAUGAUAAU